GUGCAGCUUUGACUGAGACGUCGACAGGUUUCAUGUUGUGAGUCACAUAGCCAAUCUACCAGGAUGGAUUUAAAUUCUAUGAGCCAAAAAUUUAAAAAGUUUGCAGGAUCUGCGUCUACAACAAUUAACAGAGCUGUUCAGUUCACAGAAGAAAAACUUGGAUCAGCAGAGAAGACAGAACUUGAUGCACACUUCGAGAACCUCCUCCAGAGGUCAGACAAAACAAGAAUAUGGACAGAGAGAGUCCUCAAGGGCACAGAAUGUGUCAUACAACCAAACCCAAAUCAGAGGAUGGAGGACAUGAUGUAUGAGAAGCUGGAGAAGAAGAAGAAGGACAGGAUGACGUCAAGCGAGUCACUUGGCCAGCACAUGGUGGACGCCGGCAACGACUUCGGCCCAGGAACAUCUUAUGGUAAUGCCUUGAUCAAGUCCGGCCAGGCUCAGAUGCGUAUCGGCAAUGCAGAGAGAGAGUAUGUCCAGUCGACAGUGAACAACUUCCUCACACCACUCAAGAACUUCCUGGAAGGCGACAUGAAGACCAUAAUGAAAGAGCGUAAGCUCCUGGAGAACAAACGCCUUGACCUUGAUGCUUGCAAGAGUCGACUGAGGAAAGCCAAGUCUACCACUGCCCAGCAACAGACUUCUCCUGAGGCUUCCUAUGAUGAUGUCAUCGCCAAAGCGGAGGCUGACCUUCGUGUUGCCCAGUCCGAGUUCGACAGACAAGCUGAGAUCACCAAGAUUCUCCUUGAGGGAGUCAACAGCACCCAUGCCCAUCAUCUCCGCUGUCUGAACGACUUCAUCGAGGCCCAGGGCAACUUCUACGCUCAGUGCUCCCAGUACAUCAGGGACCUUCAGAGCCAGCUGGGGAGUUAUUCUGUUGGGUCAGCCACAAGCAUGGGUGGUGGGGCGCCCUCUAAUAUGCAUUCCUCCAGUGUCCCAAAUUCCAACAGCCCCUUGAUGCCCUCUGCACCCCCUGCAAUACAAGUCACAGCACCCACUCCAACUGAGAAAAAACAGGCCCGAGUAUUAUAUGACUACGAUGCGGCAGAUAGUACUGAGUUGUCAUUAUUGGCAGAUGAGCUAAUUAUGGUGUACAAAGUUGCUGGUCUUGACGAUGAUUGGCUGAUGGCGGAGCGGGGUUCUCAACGAGGGAAGGUGCCUGUCACAUACCUGGAGGUGUUGGAGUGACGACGCCACACACAUCUACCUUCUUCUGUAUUUAGAUAUUGAUCUUAGUCUUACUACUUACCAGAGUUGCCAUGGUUACAUGCUCGUAGCACGGAUCCUUAGCGUUACCAUGGUAUCUAGUGAUGCGGAUCUUUAGUAUUACCAUUAUUACUUUGAGUAAAGUAACAAGGAUCCUUAGCGUUACCAUGGUUACUUCUAGUAAAGUAAUAAGGAUCCUUAUUGUUACCAUGGUUACUUCUAGUAGUGUAACAGGGAUGCUUAAUGUUUCCUUGGUUACAUUCAAGUAGUAAGGACACCUAAUGUUGUCAUGGUUACUGUCCAAAUAUGGAUACUAAGGCUGAUUUAGCUUGGAUAUAUUUUGAAUAGACAGUAAUCUGGUGCAAUUGUUUUUCUGAAAUACUCGGUGAGAGUGCUGGUCAUCUGAUCGAAGGAGGGUCUGGACCCCUGGUCUGAUGGUCUGUCUGUUGUUGGCUUAAUGCAUUCAGUUUCUUGUUAAGGGUCUUGUUCUACACAGGAUUGCAAAAUCUUGUUAAAGAUGUUCACAAAUUACAUCUUAAUAAUGUAUUUUCUCAGUAAAUGAUUUUCAAUGUCUCUGCUCGUAGACGCCGUUAUCCAUAAUGAUGAACUGUUUCAGGUUCAACAGUUCAUGAUUUAGCUUGAGUUCAUGAUUAGCUCACUGCUUUUUGUAAGUGUAGAAGGCUCUGAGUUAGUUGCAGUAAAUAUCAAGGCCCAAUGAUUAAUACAAGAACGAUAGGUGAGUUGGUUUGUCACACGCUUGCUAAUUAAUGGAGUAAAGUGUUUAAUGGCAAUAUUCUCAGUUGGCAUUUGCACUGAAAUCUUCACCACUUUGCAGUUAUACACAUUUCUAAAUUUUACAUACAAGUCAGUAAAGGAAUAUUUCAUAAUUUAAUGUUUUCAUUCCAUGUGAUAAUAUUUCAGUUGUUCUUUGUUUCUUUUACUGAUAACCACAUCUUUCAAAGUAAUGUUUGCAUUUUUGUUGAGAAAUCAUUAUUAGUCUGUUUGACUUAAGCGUUGUUUUUAAAUUCUGCAAUUAUUGAUCCUCGUAUAGCUAGUAGGAUGAACUUAGGAUAUAACACAGGGCUGGUGUACAUAGAACUUACAUAUACAUGUAUUAUGUUUCCACAUUUUGUGCUAUGCAAAACCGGACAGUCUUCAUUGAGACAAGAUAUAUGCAUACAAGUAUUUGCCUACAAUUUAAGUCUUGAUUUCUCUCUAAUAAGGCCAUGACAAGCUGGACACAUAGGUGUCUCAUUCAUAUACACUAAGAUUGGUUUGGUACAUAAUAUGGUUAAAGUACAAGUUGCAUGUAUUAAUAGAUUGUCCAGGAUUCAGGAGUUAUCUUUCCUUGACCAAAAUAUCUCAUAUGUCUCAAAAGGCUUUUACUGAAAAUAAAGGAAAAUCUAGGUGACACAGACUGUUUUGAAAAUAAUCAUUUGAUCAGAAACACUUUUAACAUUUCAUGGCCAGAUGCUUCACUGUGGAGGUCUAUAGUGUUUUCCUAGAAAUAGUUGAAAUAUCCAAUGUUUUCCUGCAGUUGUGAUAAAGAGUUUUAGUAGCAGAGAGGUAGUUCAUAUGUGGAUGAAUCUGUUCAUUGUAGAUAUGCAUGAACCCUAUUGUCACUUGUGAACAUAUACUCAUGGAAACAAAUAAGGGAACACACGAAAGUACAAGUGAUCCUUUAUUCUUUUCCAGGUUUCUUCACAAGGUAUGUAUAGCACUGUGAGUGACAUUCUGGAAAUAAGGAAGGAACACUUGUACUUUCAUGUGUUCCCUUAUUUGUUUCUAUGAGUAUAUAUGUAUUAAUAUGUGUAAGACUGGCAUCUGUAAUGAUUCACUGGGGUCUUUGUCCAUAGUAUGGAUAUAACAUGCUACUUUCAAUGUUACAAGAACAGGUUAUGAUCGUGAUAGUCAUAAUUGAUGCACCAGUAUCACUUGGUGUAAGACUUGCCAGGAACAUGUGAUCGUGGGUUUGAAUUCCAUACUGUUUCUAGGUCUGUCUGUCUGCUUCUUAAAAUGCUCAUGGACAGGUCCAAGUAGUCAGCAUGUAAGAGGUGCAUGUCGUCAGGAUUUCCUCAUGCAUCAGGCUGUGUGGUGGCUGAAGUACAGGGUGACGUUCAACCCAUUUCACUCCAAGAACAUACUGAUGUAUAAACAACACAAAACCUCAAGAAUAACUAACAGCAUCACUUGACUUUGAAUGACGAUAUCUCAAAUGACUCUGACACUGAGAUGGUACAUUUCAGACAAAAUCGAAAUCGGCUUCAUACCCAUCAUAGAUCUCAGUCUUACAUCUAUAUGCAUGUUCCCAGUUUCUCAACCAACCUUUGUACAUCAUAACUGCCAAACUUGCCUUCUUCAAACACUGUAACAAAGACCAUGUAAUCAGUGUUCCAAGACUGGAAGCCAGGGGUGCUUGUGAUGAUCCUGGUUGUGAAGACUUGGGGGCUUCUCAGAUUCCAUAGCAGCCUACCCACAGGACCCCUGGACUCCCAUUAAUUAUAAACACUGUAAUGCCAAAUAAUGUAUUCUGUAUUCUGUGUCUGUGUAUUGGCUCCUACUGUCUGGCUGAAUUUGAAUCGGCAGUUCAUCAAUUUUGUAUGUCUCCUCCCUGAUUGUAUGACAGACUCAAAUUCUGAAGACUUGGAAAAGUUCUUCAGAUGCUUGUAACUCCUGAAAAUAUUUGUUGAUGGAUUUGGACUCGACAUCAGUUUUGUUUUACACUCCAGGUUCUAUCAUGGAACAAUUGAUUCCCAUGCAUACCUGGCUGCACUGGUGUAAGUUCAAACCCCUAUUUCACCUACACUGAGCACGAAACUGAAAGGUUGCUGAAUUUUGAUCCAUAAACCACAUUUGAGAUACCUUUGGAAUGUGUCCUCGGAACCAAACUGAUGUUUAUUGCCUGCAGGUUCAGAAAGUUCUGUGAAGUUUGAAGGAAAUGAGUACACUGGUUGCCUAGUUACAACCUCACAUCAAUAUGUCAGAUCUCUUAGCAAAGUUUGUAAAUAUUUGUAAAGUAUUUUUGUCCACCAUUAGUAACAGAAAUUAGAGCCUCUGCUAAUAGUCUAGAUUGUACUGUAUAGUCUUGAAUAGACAAGUGAAAAGACUUCACAUCUAGGCUUCAAC